UCCGGACUUCCGGUUUGAAGCUCGACUGUUGACUGGUGGAAAGGAAUGAGGUCCUCGGAAAAUAACAAAACCAUCCAAUGAAACCGGAAUAAAAGUUCACUCAAAAUGAGCUGGAUUCCUUUCAAGAUUGGACAACCAAAGAAGCAGAUUGUCUCUAAAACCGUUGAAAGAGACUUUGAGCGAGAAUAUGACAAGCUUCAAAAGCUGGAGGAUCAGACGAAAAAGCUUCACAAGGACAUGAAGAAAAGCACAGAGGCUGAUUUAGCCAUGUCCAAAGCAGCUGUGAAGAUUUCUGCAGACCUGCUGAGUAACCCGCUGUGUGAGCAGGACCAGGCCUUCCUGGAGUCCAUGACCGCUUUAGAUACAUCCAUGAGAAGGAUGGACUCCUUCAACCAGGAGAAGGUCAACCAGAUACAGAAAACCGUUAUCGACCCUCUGAAAAAGUACAGCGGCGUCUUCCCCAGCCUCAACAUGGCAGUGAAACGCCGGGAGCAGGCACUGCAGGACUACAAACGGUUGCAAUCCAAAGCGGAGAAGUAUGAAGAGAAAGAGAAAACCGGGCCCGUUAUGGUCAAACUACAUCAGGCCAGAGAGGAGCUCCGACCGGUCCGGGAGGACUUCGAGGCCAAGAACAAGCAGCUGCUGGACGAGAUGCCCAAGUUCUACCACAGCCGCAUCGACUACUUCCAGCCCAGCUUUGAGGCUCUCAUCAGGGCGCAGGUUGUCUAUUUCACCGAAAUGUACAAGAUCUUCAGCGAGUUGACAGACCAGAUCGACCAGGCAGGGCUGACUGACGAGCAGAGGGAGAGGGAGACCGAGGCCAAGCUCAGCGAGUUGCGUGCUCUGUCCAUUGUCGCCGACGACUGAGGGAGGGAAGCCAAAAAAACGGGGAAAUGGCUCCUUUUAAAUGCCUCUCUGAAUGCAUUGCACUCUUUUCAGGCUCCUUGGCGCAGUUCAAACGGACAGCAAUGGCCUUAACGUGAUCAUCAGAUUGUUUCCCCACCCCCCCCACCCCCAUGCUUCUUUCUCUCCACAGAGUCUCUCGGUGGCUCAAACUGCUGCAGCUGAAAUGCCACAUUAACUAAGCCAUCAGCCAAGUGCAACAUUAUAAGCCAAUAUGUUUUUUUUGUGUGUUUUUUUUCUAAGGGAAGGAAUCAAACUGGUUCUCGUCAGAACCAAUUAACAGGGUUACACUUCUUGGUUUCAGAAAUGUCUAUAAGCAUUUGUUUCUAAAGAAGGAAAUGAGCAAGGAAAUGGUUUUUUUUUUUUUUAUUCAUCUGCAUUCUUACCAACAAUCUGUCAAACAGUUUUUAUUACCCAAGUUUGAAAUGAAAAACACUACAGACAAUGUAUUGUAAUGUAUUGUAGGUUACUGGCUAGAAAAUGUAUGUCUUGUGUUUUUGGCCUUUGCUGCUUAUUAUCUCCAAGUUUAGCUCUGUGCCAUGUUUGUUGUUUGAGGGCUGUUUGUUGGGGUUUUACAGGAUGAUGUUGGUGACAUCACCUGUGCAUAAUGUGCCUACGUUGUCCCGACUGUGGAUGUAACAUAAAAAAAAGAACUUCACUUGAGUGAAGUGAGAUUGUGCCCGUGCGAGCAGCGGUGUUGAAAGGUCGACCACUCAGGCUGCGGAGAGAACGAGUCGCUGUUGGGAGUCUAACCGCUGUCCAAAACAAAGGCUGGUGCUCCCUCUGGUGGUAAAUACUAUUCAUGACACACCAUUUCGUUUUAAUUCACACACCAUCCAUCCUUUGUUUUAUUGUUGGUUGUUUAGAUGGUCUGUUAGCAAAGAAACCUCGUUGUACCUUCUACACCAGGGUUGGAAGCCAACCUUUUCUUCUUCUUGAUUUUUGGACCAAAUCAUACUGUCAUUGUUUCCACCUUUAUCAGGUAUCCCUACCCCCCAGUAUGAUGAACACACUCUGGUCAAUGUGGUUACAUUGCUCCCAUAUCAUGUUUUUUUAAAUUUUUUAUUUUUCAAAGGUGUCACACCAAGAAGUUAACUAUUUGUUGACAUCAUUUUUAAAUUAUUGAAGCAAAUGCUUAGUUGAUUGACUGUCUUUGUGUAUUGUUUGAGUUACACGUGUGUAUUAAUGAAGGUUUUUUUCUAAUUAAUGAAGAGUUUAAGUGGUAGAGCUUGUUUUCCUAACACAUUAAGUGAAUACUGUAACACAGUGGGGUUUAAUUUAGGUUUUUUAAAAUAUGUAUUAACACUACAAUCUGUUCAAUGAAAAUGUUUUAGCCAUCAUCUAAAUGUACAGUCAAUCAUGAAAUAAAUUAACUGAGAAUAGCAA